AUGUCACGGGAGUUGCUAGGUCUGUUGAUACUGUUCAGUGUGUUGUUGCUGUACGUGACCGCUCAAUCGCUAGGUCCGAAUCGUGUACCGUGCGGCAAGCGAAGGGUCAAGACGAUCCAUCUCGUUCAUAAUGGAAUCGACGCAAAACCGGGUCACUGGCCGUGGCAUGCGGCAAUCUUUCACCGCAAGGGCGAUCAGUUGGAUUACGCGUGUGGAGGAUCCAUCAUUGACGAGAACACCAUUCUCACGGCGGCUCAUUGCGUUUUCCUCGACAGUGGGCUACUGCCCGUGAGCCGGAUUUCGGUCCACCUGGGUCGGGUUCAUCUGAAGGAGGUGAGCGAAUUUGUGCAGGAACACACGGUGAAGGAAUUGAUAGUGCAUCCCGGGUACAAUUCGAGUAGAUUCGUGAACGAUAUCGCACUGAUCAAGCUGACGGAGAGCAUCACGAUGAGCGAGUUCGUGCAGCCCGUUUGUCUGUGGACGAUGGAUAAAAACCAGGAGCUGAUUGUAGGCAAAACCGGUACCCUGGUGGGCUUUGGUCUGAACGAGCAGGAUGUCGUGUCGGAGCAGCUGAAGCAAGCGUCGAUGGGUGUGGUGGACGCGCAGACGUGCAUCAAGAGUGAUCGUUUGUCGUUCGCCAAUCAGCUUACGGCGGAGAUGUUCUGUGGCGGCGGCCAGUCGAACGUGAGUGCUUGUAAUGGGGACAGUGGUGGGGGUCUGUUCUUCAACGUGGAGGGCAAAUGGUUUGUGCGAGGCGUAGUAUCGUUCAUUCCGGUUCGCCAGCGGACAGGACUGUGCGAUCCAUCCAAGUACACGGCCUAUGCCGAUGUGGCCAAGUAUUUGGGGUGGAUCGAUCAGUACAUCGAUCGGCGCGUGCUCGUGUUCGAUACCGACGAGCUGGAGGUGGAUUACGAGGAGAAGCUUCCACUGUUCAAUCUGAACACUUGUGGCACGAAGAGCGAGACAGUUCUGGCCAACGGACAACCGGCUCCCCUGCCUUGGCUUGGGUUUGUCCUGACGAAGGAGGAAAUGGUCAAGUGUGUCGUUACACUCAUCAGCGAAUGGUACGUGGUGGGCACGGCAAGCUGUUUUGAAAAGAACGAGAAAGAUUUGCGAAUUUUGUUUGGUGGCUAUGAAGAUUUACUCGAGCAAAAGUGCUUCGAGCGUAAUGGCACAACGGUAUGCGCGUACCCAACGCAAUCUCGCUCCAUUGGAAGAGUAGUGGCCCAUCCCAGGUUUAGCAAAAACACGAUCAACGACAAUAUAGCGCUGAUCGAGCUGCAAAGUCCCGCCGACACGACGCAACCUCACGUGAAGCCCAUCUGUUUGCCGGUAACGCCAACGCUGUACACCAACCAAACGGAGAACUUUUCCGUCCUGGCAUUCAGGUUGACCACCGGGACAAUCGUUGAUCAGUCGGUGAGCCAUGUAGACCCCGAGUUUUGUAAAUCCGUACACAUCGUUGCUGGAUUUGCGAUCGAUAAUGAGGAGAAGAGCUUCUGUGUGUCAGUUCCCGAGGAGGAUGUUGCAAACUGCGACAGUCUGCUUGGGCAGGGUGCACCACUACAGGAGCAUGUGAGUAUGGUCGAUGCUGGCGAGCGUUACGUACUACGAGGAUUCGAUCUGCUCGGGCUAACCUGCGCCGGAGACAGCUCCAUACCGGUUUUGUACGUGAAUGUGUACUCCUACCUCGAUUGGAUGCUGUACAACAUGCGAUACAACGAAGCGGUAAACGAGGACGAGCAGGAACUGAUCGCGAAUGCAACGCUUGCGAAGUGGAAAGAGCGCCAGCAAGCUGAGGGAAGUGAAAAGCUAAAGCUCUUCAACAUGGAAUCCUGUGGCCAGAAUGUGGUGGAACCGAGGGGCACCGGUUCGAUCACACUCAUUCCGUGGAUCGGAACGCUGAAAACCGUGGAAAAUCCCGUCAAGCCAAAAACGGUGCCAGAUGGUUUGGUUGUUUUGAUCAACGAGCGAUACGCGCUGACGUCGGCAAACGUGUUUCGUCCCGAUGUACAAUGGCGAUCGAUUGUGCUAGGGUUCGAUCACUACAAUCCAGUUCUGGAGAUUGCAUGCACAUUUGGAGUGUGCGAUCGUCCGUACCAGGCGGUGGAGAUCAAGCAGAUCACCAUCCAUCCACAGUAUAAUGGCACAUCUAACAUCCACAACAUCGCACUGAUCGAGCUGGUGGAACCGGCCAACGUUACCAAGCGUUACAUCAGCCCGAUCUGUAUGCCACUGAUAGAGGAGUUUCGAAACAGUACGCCACUGGAACUGCUGGUGCCAUCGUACAUUUACCACGAGCAAAGCACCCAGCUGGAGCCACUGGAUCCGCUCAACUGUCAGGAACGGUUUGCGCAACAGAACGCCGCCAUUACCUUGAACAAUCGGUCACGUUGUGCCGUUGCGCUGGACAAGGAAGCAAAGGAGUCGGCGGCGUUAAAGGCAGGCGCUCCGCUACAAACGUUACUGCGGGUUGGGAGCGAGAAGCGCUAUUUUCUAAGCGGAAUGAACAGUUUUACGGAUCUCGUUAACUACCACAAUCCAGGCUAUCCGUAUCUGUUUACCGAUACCAAUGCGUACCUGUACUGGAUGCUGGAAAACAUGCAGCUUGAUAGCACUGUAUCCCCGGAUUCCUAUGCGGAGCAGGUGGAUCCUCCUCCGACUCGAAACACAUCCAGAAGAAGGCUGUUCAAUUUUAAAACUUGCGGGGCUUAUACCAAGGGAUCCAGCGCGAACGCAACGUACGAGACGGAGCCAUGGCAUGGAUUCGUGCACGAAUGGAUUGAGGCGUAUAAUUCGACCCUUUUUACCAGAUGUACCGUUGUGCUGGUGAGUGAAUGGUACGCGAUUGGUGUUGCGAGCUGCCUGAAACAAGAUGCCAAGCUUUGGGUGCAGUUCGGUGGCUACGUUGAGUCAGAUUCAGGCGAUAAUUGUUGGGACGCGGAUGGCACGACGCUAUGCCGGCCUAAGACGCACCGGAUUGCAGUGGAGAGGAUCAUCGUUCAUCCACAAUACAACAGAACCGGAUACACGGACGACAUAGCGCUGGUUCAGCUAGCAACUCCAGCAGACGUAUCGCAACCUCACGUGCAACCGAUCUGCCUGCCGAUUCUUGAUGAAGUUCGCAGUUACGCUGUGUCCAGCAUGGCGACGGUCACUUUUGGCUUAGCGCAUGGUUCGUUCAUCACGAGCAAGGUGGAUCGCACCCGGUUUGUCCCGCCUGCCGAAUGUCAACGGCGCUGGAAUGGAAUGGCGUUGAGUAUACAGAUCGAACGCACGAAACAAUGCAACCUGAUGGUGCGAGAUCCACAAAGCGAAUGCUACCCUGUUAUGCCGGGCUUUCCGUUACACACAACACAGCAAUUGCUCGGAGGGCAGCGUCACUUUUUACGAGGAUUACUCGCUUUGCGACCAGAGCUGUGUAGCAGUUACUAUCCAGCAAUCUAUACCGAUGUGGAUGAGUAUCUGGACUGGAUACUGGAUAGCAUGGAUGAGCGGCUCGGGACCUCCAGACAGCCUUAUAACUUGACAGAACACUUAAUUUUCAUUCAAAAGUAGCAGAGAGGUACUUUAAAAUUAUAAUUUAAGCCUCAAAUUCGGUGGCAUUUCAAGUCGUCUGACAAAGUUCUACGUUGCAACGUUCAGAAAGAUCGAGGAAUAAACUGCACGAUAAAACAAAACAAGGCACAAGUUGGUGCUAAUCAACAU